AGGUAGAUACCAGGUGGGAGUAGCCCCACCUGAAUUAUUGCUUCAUGCUAUUUAAUAGACAGAGCUCGGGUGACAGAGAGAGACAAACUGAGACAAGAAAAAGAGAGAGAGAAUGAAGCAUGUCACGAUUAUCCAACUUUUACUUCUUGUGAGCUUCCAGCUUGGUCAUUCUUUGAAAUGUUAUACAUGCACUGAAGAUAUUUGCACAGUAUCAACAUGUUAUUCCGGACAGGCCUGUGGGACAACAAUUAUGGGUAGUGCAACCAUGAAGUCAUGUCUCCCGAAUCAAGUCUGCGGUACUACAGUUGGGAGCAUAAGAAAUUACUGUUGUUCCACUGACUUCUGCAACUCCGCAGCCGGCUCUGCCGGGGUGUCCUUUGUCACGGUUGCGGUUUGUCUGGUGGUCCUGUGGGUGACUAAGCUGUGAUCUACAUAACGAAUAUCUCAAGCAGCUUCAUAAUGGAACAUCUGAUACACAAGAAACAAGAGUCUCAAAACUACAGGCCAAUUCCUAGUCAUUUAACUAUAUACAACUAUUUAUAUAGCUCCAACAUAUUCAGGAGGCCUGUACAAUAUGUAAACAAGACAAACAUUUAAUUUAACAAACAAAAUAUGUCUGACACGUGGGAACAUGCGACAAGCGAGCCAGUAGACUAUUUGUCCCAAUCUCGGAUACUUUGUGGUAUGACUCCAAUCACGGUUCGUUCCAGGGGGGAAUAAAAUAAAACCAGACCACAGAUUGCAAGCAGAGGUUAACCCUUUUGGGCGUCUCUGUUAAUUAAUUUGUAAUAAAACUCAUCUAACUAAAACCAGAAAUCAGUUUGGAAGAGUGAGCCCUGAGCAUUGAACAAAGACUUAUAUAUCUACUGAAUAUGCAGAAUUAAUGUAUAAUAUUUAUUAACCUAAUUGAUAAGGAUGGUAAUAAAAUUACAAGAUUUAACAUAACAAAUUAGAUAGGAUAAUUAGCUAAAUAACGGCUAAAACAGCCAUAACAAGGCCAGAACAUUCAUUAUCUGAAUCUUGACACAUAUUCUGAUUGACCAUAGCAUACUUGUUAGCAAAAUGGCAUUUACAUUGUUGGUUAGCAGUAGACAUGUGCAUUCGAAAUUGCUUAGACUGACAAAAUGACUGAAAAUUUUGAUUAGUCAGAAAAAGAAUACAAAGUCACCAAUGACAGAAUAGCUUGUUUUUACAUGUUUUACAAUGUUCUAUUUGUUGUUCAUGAAAAAACC